AUGGCCGAGAUGGAUGCGCACGCAGACAAAGUGUGGCCCAUUGCGGCGCGCGUGAAGCAGUUUGCAGCCCGUAAGCAGCCGUUUCGCAUCUACCACGGCGCGACGAACAGCACGCGCAACUCGCAACGGCGGCUGGACAACACGGUGGACACCAGCGCCCUCAACCGCGUGCUACGCAUCGACACGAUGUCCAAGACAGCGCUGGUCGAGCCCAAUGUGCCCAUGGAUGCACUCGUGGCUGCCACAGUGGCCCACGGCCUUGUGCCCCUCGUCGUCAUGGAGUUCCCGGGCAUUACGGCCGGCGGCGGCUUCUCCGGCACUUCCGGCGAGAGCUCUUCGUUUCGCCACGGCCCGUUUGACGCCACAGUCAACUGGAUCGAGAUUGUGUUGGCCAGCGGCGAGGUGGUCAAGGCCUCGCGCACGACAGACGAGAACACGGAUCUCUUCUGGGGCGCCGCGUCGGCAUUCGGCACGCUGGGCGUGGUCACGCUGCUCGAAGUGCAGCUACAAGACGCCCAACCGUUCGUAAGGCUGACCUACACAUUGCAAGACACUGUGCAAGGAUCGAGAAAACAACUAGAGGAGGAGGUUGAAAGGGACGUUGUGGAUUAUAUCGAUGGUAUUAUGUUCUCUAAAACGGCGACGGUCGUGUGCUCCGGUAUCUUUACAGCAAACGUGCCGGCGGGCGGCAAGGUCGCCCGGUUUAUCCGUAGCAGCGAUCCGUGGUUCUACGUACACGUCCGCCGCAUGCUCAAGAAAUUUACCGCGGUCCCGCCGGGCACGACGUUUACCGAGUACGUCCCGUUGGUUGACUACCUCUUCCGCUACGACCGUGGUGGCUUCUGGGUGGCCAAGUACUCGUUCGACUACUUCCUCGUACCCUUCAACCGUAUCACGCGCUUUGUGCUCAAUCCGUUCUUGCACACACGCACCAUGUACCGUGCCCUGCACCAGAGCGGACUGGCUGAUUUCUACAUGGUGCAGGACGUGGGCGUGCCCUACGAGAAGAUGGAUGAAUUUGUCGACUGGCUGGAGACGGCGUUUCACAUCUAUCCGCUCUGGUUGUGCCCCCUGUUGCUAGCACGCAACUCGCCCAACGCCGGGCACGGCCUGCACUCGGACUUUGCCCAGCUCGAUGGCAGCACGUCGGAAGGCCGCUUGAUGAAUUUUGGCCUGUGGGGCCCGCUGCCCUCGGGCUUGUCGGACCGUGCCGCAUUCAUAAAGGCCAAUCGGUUGCUGGAACAAAAAGUGCAGCAACUCGGUGGCAGGAAGUGGCUUUAUGCACACGCCUACUAUACCGAGGAAGAGUUCUGGGCCCACUAUGACCGCGCGUCCUACGAUCGUGUCCGGGCCAAGUACGGUGCCGAGUGGCUGCCUACGGUCUAUGACAAGGUCAAGGUCGUGGAGAAACCCCGAACGGGCGGUGAUGGGCUCCUGGGCUGGCUGCUGGCCCUUUUCUGGGCAGUCUGGCCCAUGCGGGGGUUGUACGGCGUCUUGAUGGCUGUUCUGGGCGGAGAGUACCUGAUGGGCCGUUCUGUCACGCCGCUAACGACUGUUUCGCCCAAGGUUGUCAAGCAGAGUUGCGUGGACGGGGCGAGUGGACGGGGUGAAAGUCUUUCUCCACCAUCGUUAUGA